GGCACAGAUAUAUCUCCCAUUGUUAUUCAGUGCAUGUUGCAUUGAAGGUUAGGUUGCUGGUAAGCAUAAAUCCAGAUUGAUAGUCUGGAUGAGAAACACCAAAACUUCAUCCAAAAUUGGAGAAACAUCUCUGCCGUGUAGAGGAGGAACUAAUGAAGCUUGUAAUUGUCCCUACCUCUGUCUCUGAGUCUGGGGACGUUUGGUGCCAGUGAAAUUGAUCCAGGUGUCGAAGGGUCAUGAGGACUCGAAACGUCAACUCUUUUCUUCUCCGCCGAUGCUGCCAGACUUGCUGAGUUUUUCCAGACCUGUUGUUGAAAUAGGAGGAAUUUUCCUGCGUUACAGCAUCUCCAGUUGAUACUUGAGAAGUGGAUAAUGACAUUGGAUCUGACCUGCUCAAUGGCAAUUUUCAAGCAAGAUAAUGUGGAGAAGUACUAUGAGAUGGGUGAAGAGCUGGGGAGCGGCCAAUUUGCUAUUGUGAAGAAAUGUCGUGAGAAAAGCACCAACAUUGAGUACGCGGCAAAGUUCAUCAAGAAGCGACGCCUGUCUUCUAGCCGCCGAGGGGUGAGCCUUGAGGAGAUCGAACGAGAGGUGAACAUUCUGAGGGAGAUCCAGCAUCCAAACAUCAUCACUUUGCAUGAUAUCUUUGAGAACAAGACAGAUGUUAUUCUCAUUCUCGAGCUGGUGUCGGGAGGGGAGCUCUUUGACUUUCUAGCUGAGAAAGAGUCGUUGACAGAGGAGGAGGCAACUGAAUUUCUCAAACAGAUUUUGGAUGGCGUACACUACCUGCAUUCGAAGAAGAUUGCUCACUUUGACCUCAAGCCUGAAAAUAUUAUGCUUCUGGAUAAGAAUGUACCCAAUCCCCGCAUCAAGCUGAUCGAUUUUGGUAUUGCACACAAGAUUGAGGAUGGGAAUGAGUUCAAAAAUAUCUUUGGAACUCCUGAGUUUGUUGCUCCUGAGAUAGUAAAUUAUGAGCCUUUGGCUUUGGAAGCAGACAUGUGGAGCAUUGGUGUGAUCACCUAUAUUCUUUUGAGCGGUGCUUCUCCAUUUCUUGGUGAAACCAAACAAGAAACCUUAACAAACAUUUCUGCUGUGAACUAUGACUUUGAUGAAGAAUAUUUCAGCAACACCAGUGAGUUAGCGAAGGACUUCAUCCGUAGGCUUCUGGUAAAAGACCCAAAGAAAAGAAUGACCAUUGGUGACAGUCUAGAACAUCCAUGGAUUAAGGUGAUCAAGAGGAGAAACGUAAGACGUGAAGAUAACGGCAAGAAGCCAGAGCGUCGUAGACUGAAGACAACACGCCUCAAGGAGUACACAAUCAAGUCACAUUCGAGCAUGCCUCCAAACAAUACCUAUGUCAACUUUGAGAGAUUCUCAAAAGUCCUGGAAGAAAUCAAUGCAGUGGAUGAAAGCAUUCAAGAGCUGGUGAGAAAUAAGAAGUCCUUCAAGGAGGACAUUGAUGCACUCGUUUCCAUUUAUGAUGAGAAGGAAUCCUGGUACAAGGAAGAAAAUGAUAGCAUCAGCCAGGAUCUUGGGCACAUUAAGAAUGAAAUGCGAAAAACAGAAACCAUGAGAAAACAGGCGCAAGAUGAAGUCAAAUCAACAAUGCUGUCCACCAACAUCCUGAAACGGAAGUACACAAAGCUUGAAAACCGUUACGAUGCACUGGCUGCAGAACUGAAAUGGGUUGAGGAGCUCUUGAAGUCCGUAGAGCAGGAGAGAAUGCAAGGAGGCGUUGACGAUUGUAGCCGACUUGGAGGGAUGCGCUAGGUACCAUUUUGUUAAAGAAUUUUAAGAAACCAUGUUAAUCAGUUGAUUAAUUUGAAGCCAGCCAAAUUGGGCAAGAUGGCUUCCCGGUUUCUUCAGCCAUUGUCCAUACAGCUCAAUUUUCAAAACCAACUCCAUUUUAUUUCAGUUAUGUAUCUAGGUUUAGGUUUAUUGCCAAAUAUGAAUGACAUUCCAGUUUGAAAACACCAUGAAAGGAUGGUAACCUCCCAGUGGAUUAUCCGUUCCACAAGCUGCAUGCUGCUGUUGGCAUUGUCUCUGCUGCUGUUGUUUCUCUGGCGAAUGUUGCUUAUUUCCAAUCACCAGAGGCUGUUGUGAUUCCAGGGGGCAUUGCCAUGCUUAAUUUGGGGACCUCAGUAUGUGGACAUAGGUGGGGGUUCAGUUGCUAUGCAGGACAUUCUUCCCUUUGCUAUGGACAACUUCUACAUCAUCACCGCCACUCCCCCUGUCCUCCCAUCCUCUCAACUUAUCAUUUACCUUUUGGGAUUACUGCUGACUUGUGGGAGACCCUGUCUUGUGACAACCAAAAUGGAGCAGGUUCAUUUGGGAAGGCAGCGUACAGACCGAGAGACUUCAUCGGAAACAUGCUGAGGUGCAGUUGAAGCAUUAGGGAGAGCACAUAAACCUCCAACUACCCAUCUACUCAUCCCUUCAUGCACCAACUUUCCAGCAUGUGGCAGGGUGUGCAGAGCGCACAUUGGAUUAUCAGCCAUCUCAGUACCCAUUGCACUGGAGUGAAAACGAGUCAUCCUUGAUCCUGAGGGACUACCUAAGACGAAGAUUGGGAUUAGAUUGUAGACUAACACAUUCCUGUCACUUAAAGGAAAAUGUUAUUCUGUUUUCAGCACUGCGAGUAUUUGGUUCUUUUGAUGUAGGGAACACAGGUGUGUAUCUAUCUGAUCUAAAUGGGUAACUGGGUUUUCCCAUUGGGUCUGAGGCUUGUCAAAUUUAGCCAUUUCCCAGUAAUCGGAGAGUAAUCCACUUAAUUUGAAAUAUUUGAUUAUAAAAACAGAUAUGAGAAUAUUCUAUAUUUAAUGAGUUCUGAAAUUUCAUCAAUUGUUUUAAAAUAACUCCUACCAUAUCUGCAAUUACAGCUGUAAAAGCAGUGUAGUUAAUAGAACUGAAAUAUGAUCAAAUGUGCUGUCCUUUAACCCAGCUUGCUGAAGGAGAAUUUCCUUAUCUAAUAAUGUCAGUCUGCUCAGUUGCCCUUGUCUUACACAUGGUUAAAUAGAUCACUAUUCCAGUUCAGAGAGUAAAACUUUAGAAAUUGUCAUUUAACUCAUUGUUAUCUCCAUGAUUGCAGCUUGGUGUCACGGAUGUAGGAGGAGAAAGCACAAAUGUACGAAUUGCACUUCAGAUCACCAGAUUAGUUUGUUUUUGAAGAUUGGGGUCCGGGGGGGGUUGCGCGCGGUGGUAAAUCUCAAAUGUUUCCCCUGUAUUUAAAUUGUAAAUUCAGCUCCGGCCCUCCGUGAAGGGUCCUAACACAAAUCUAGCAGGCAGCUUUUCUCCAUUUCUUUUAAAAUUGAGAAAUGACACCAUAAUAUGAGCUCAGGAUUUGGGUUUAUAUAGACGUUAUGGCCCAUUUGUAACCUACAGGAAGUUCUACUGAAUCUCUGAUUUGAUUUAGAUGCUGUAAUGAGGGUAUGCAGUUGAAGUUCAGGAAGAAUGAGAUUGAAUCUAGCUGUGAAAUGCUUCUGUUUGUUUUAAAGGCUGCACAUUGGCAUCAUGGAAUCAUUUAUGUUAGAUAUUCGCAUACUUAUGAAUACUCUUCUUGUAUUUUAGGUAGAAAGAGAUAUAAAUAUAAUUGCCUUUAUACUAGUAGAAGUUGUGUAUGACAGAAUUAACACUAUUGUGAUGCCUUGCUCGCUGAAACUGGGCCUUAAUACCUCAAACUGAGUCUUUGAACGGACAUCUGAGCAAAGUGAAUAUCUGAUUUCAGGCUGAAACAAUCAUCUCAUUUGUCCUGUUAAUGAACAUUCUAUAGAUUACUGAACCAGACUCAAUAUCUCCUACAAAAUGACUAUUAAGGACCCUAAAUUACUUCUGUAAUUCCUUUUUACUUUUAAGCCUAGUAGCAAAAAGUUUAACUUAGCAAAAUCAGUCAUCCAUCACCUAUCGACAGAUCUAUUCAGUAAACUGAAACCUUGUUGGGAUUGCAGCUCCUGGCAUUCUCCAGGACCUGACUGACACCUUGGGUUCAACUGUGGCUGCUCCUGUUCCCUGAAAUCCUGCCAACACCCCCGGGCCCCAGCAAAGGUAGUUAGGGAUAUGUAAAAUGACCACUGGCUCUUCAGGAAGUAACUAUAAUGUCCCCUGUAUAAUGGGCAUGGGCUUUAAUUAGAGGAUUUUCUUGCACUAGUUGAAGAUGUAUAUUGGAAGUUCAUGGAUGCAGUUUUCCUCUUUACGAGAUGAGUGUUCAGUUUGUGACAGGUUUCCAUAUCAAUAACUUGGCUAAAGUUUUCUGAUAAGGACCUGAGUUAGAAUUACCUCACUGUAAAUAGAACCUGAGGUUUAUUAUGACAAGCUGUCACACACCAGCAGGUCCAAUGCAAGCAGAAAAAGCUACUGCAUAAAUUUCUCUAACUAUCAAGGGUAACAUGGCUUGCUCCUGCCUCUUUGUCCUCUCCUUCCACCCCCCACCCCCCUCACCCCCUGUACAAUUAUAACUAUGGAACCUCAGCGGACAUUCACAUCUUUAUUUUCAUACAACAAUCAUAGACUUAAUAUUUGAAUUUUAUUAACUGCUGAAAUAGCACAAACUGAUUUUGGCUCAUUUUUGUUUUGUUUGAACUUAUUUGCUGUUUGUUCAUACAAGUUUAUUAAUAAUGGUAACAAGGGUUUAUUUCAUUCAAUACAUAUUGUAUUUAUCAACAUAGAAACAAGCUGUUUGACCCUGCAGGUCCCUGCUGGUGUUUAUACUACACACAAACCUUCUUCCAACUUCAUGUAAUCCUAUCAACAUAUCCUGUAUUCCUUUUCCCCCCUCAUGCACUUAUCUAGCUUUCCUUUAAUGCUUUUUUGCCUCAACCACUCCACAUGGUAGUGAAUUCCACUUGCUAAACAUAGAAACUGAGCUUCUAACCAAAAGAAAUAUAAGUCUUGUUGGGUUGUAUUUCUAUUUGUAAAAACAGCAGGUGAGGGAAAAAUUGAAAGAUAAUAUAUGCAGGUGCUGCAGUAAGGCCAGGUUAUAACUUGGGUCUGCUCUUCCUAUUUUAAUUCCAGAAUUGAAAACACUACAAAUGGGUGUGUGGUCCCCACUAUUGGAGGAGAAGCAAUCACCUGCAUCGGGAUCAAGCACCAACGGUGUUUGGCUGCUUGUUGCAGGCUGGGUUCCCUCUGUGUUAUUGCCUCCUGUACAUUGGGAUGGUGCAACUAAACUCACCAACAUAUUAUUUAAAGGAGCACUGAAAUUCUAUAAGAGAAAUCAUUUUGAAUUACAUUAAAACUGUACUUAAGCUAUAAACACGUCCAGCACUCACUUAACACAAAGUUAGAAAUAUUGAGAUGAAUAAUGAAUGAAAUGCACCAAUUAUAUGUUUUGUUGUGUGCUUGAGGUGGGGAGUAGAUGAUUCGGGUCUGGCUUGUAUUUAUCAAGUAUUUAGGUUUGAACUAAACAUCACUGUGGUUCAGCUCUGGUUUGCUCGUGCUUUUAGUGAAUGUUUUCUGUGCUACCACACCUUUAUAUGUAAGGUGUACAUAUUAAAAACAUUUUCCCAAGGUACAUUUUUCUUUUUUGCAAACUUCAUAGCGUGGUAUUUAACUGUCUUCAUACACUAAUGUAAUAUGGUAUUAUGAGAGAAAAGUAUUGACAUUUUAUAACCAUGAUGUUUAAAGUGAUCAAUAAGGUCUGUGUGAUACUUUAACACUGAACAUUUAUAAUAAACUUCUCAAAUGAAA